AUGGCACCUGACAAAUCAUCUCCUGUGGAAAAUUCUUGGAAGAUCUUUGAAGAAUACCACAUAGAUGAAGAUGUGGGCUUUGCUCUGCCCAAUCCACUGGAGGAGCUACCUCACCCUUACGAUGCCUGGAUUUCCAUUGCUAAAAAUCUGCCUGAACUGAUUAAGAAUGGCCAACUACGUGCAGAAGUUGAGAAGUUAACAACCUUCAGCAUUGACGGCCUCCAAGGACACAAGUCACAGCGCCUUGCACAUCUGGUUCUGGGGUAUAUCACCAUGGCGUACGUGUGGGGUGAAGGUGAUGGAGAUGUCCGGAAGGUCUUGCCAAGCAAUAUUGCUGUUCCUUACUGCAAGGUAUCUGAGAAGCUAGGACUGCCCCCUAUUCUGGUUUAUGCAGAUUGUGUCUUGGCAAACUGGAAGAAAAAGGAUCCCAGUGGGCCCAUGACUUAUGAGAACAUGGACAUCCUAUUCUCGUUCCCUGGUGGGGACUGUGGUAAAGGGUUCUUCCUGGUCUCUCUGGUGGUGGAAACAGCAGCUGCUUCUGCCAUCAAAGUGAUCCCCAUUAUAUUUAAUGCAGUACAACGUGAAGACCCAGAUACUUUGCAAAAGGCAUUGCUUGAUGUAACUUCUUGUCUGCACAAAGCCCAUGAAAUGUUUCACCAAAUUCAUGAAUAUGUGGACCCAAACCUGUUUUUCAAUGUUCUUCGCAUAUACUUAUCUGGUUGGAAAGGCAACCCUUUGCUGUCAGAGGGUCUGCUGUAUGAAGGUGUCUGGGACACCCCAAAGAAGUUUGCUGGGGGCAGUGCAGCCCAAAGCAGCAUCUUUCAGUGCUUUGAUAUUCUGCUGGGCAUUCAGCAUACUGUUGGUGGAGUUCCUUCAGACUCUGCUGCUAAAUUCCUCCAGGAAAUGAGAACAUAUAUGCCAUCAGCUCACCAGAACUUUCUUCGCUCGUUAGAGUCAGGCCCCUCGGUCCGUAAGUUUGUCCUUUCAAAAGGUGAUGCUACCCUGCAGGAAAUUUAUAAUGAAUGUGUGCAAGCCAUGGUCUCUCUGAGAAACUACCAUUUGCAAAUAGUAGUUAAGUACAUUGUGAUUCCUGCAAGCCGGCCAUCCAAGAAAAAACAAACCUCGGAAGAGCCUUCAGAACCAAAAAGUAAAGGAACUGGAGGCACCGAUAUCAUGGAUUUUCUAAGGGCUGUAAGAAGUACAACUGUGAAUUCCCUGUUGAAGGAAGAUUAAGGUCAUCCAAGAAAGUCCUUAUAUUGCUACCACAUGUGGUAAUGUCACUGCCCAUUAUAUCAGA